UCCACUGAAACAGUAGCCAUUCAACUCCAAACCGUUAACUACACCGGUUGAUUUUUUUUAGAUUUCUUUUACAAUGUUCAAAAAUUUAUUAUUGAAGCUUUUGCUUCUAGGAAUAGUUGUGUCGUUAGUUAUUGCCGAAGAAAAGGCCGAAGAAAACCACGAUAAAAAGGACGAUCAUCAUGAGGACGAACACGAUGAAGAACACGAAAAGAUAACGCCCAAAGACCACGACGAUGAAGAUCACGAUAAAAAAGAUGACGAACAUGAAGACGACCACGAUGAUAAAAAAGAUGACGAUCAUGAUGAUGAUCACGAUGAUAAGAAAGAUGACGAUCAUGAUGAUGAUCACGAAGACAAAAAAGAUGAUGACGAUGAUGAAGGCGAUCACGAUGACAAGGACGACGCCAAAGACGAAGCUGAAGACGAAGAAGACGGUGAUGAAGCCGGCCAUCCAGAGCACGAUGCUUUCCUUGGUGAUCAACUGACGGCCUUCCAAGACUUACAAGAUGAAGACGCCAAGAAGAAAAAGCUGCAAGACCUCGUUGUUAACGAAGUCGACACCAACAAAGACGGUUUUGUCACUGAAGACGAGAUCCGCGCCAGACUCAUCAAGACAACAAAACAACAAAGAAAAGAAGAGAUGAACAACACUAUGAUUACACAUGAUGACAACAAAGACGGCAAAGUGUCAUGGGAGGAGUUCAAGAAGCAUCACUACACUCACGAGAAGGACGACGCACAAGGACAAGCGUCAGACAAGGAACAAAUGGAAGAAGACGAGGCUAAAUUCAAACAUGCUGACGCUGAUGGAGAUGGCGGUCUUAACCUUGACGAGUACAUUUCAUUCUAUCACCCUGGAGAUGAUGAGCGCAUGUCUGCUUUUGUCAUCGGACACACACUCCAAAAGUACGAUACUGAUAAAGAUGGUGCCUUGUCAAAAGAAGAAUACCUCAAAUCUUACAAAGAUCUUAAUGACGACGCCAAAGCCGAAAUAGAAAAGGACUUCGCCAAUUCAUACGACACCAACAAGGAUGGUAAAUUGGAAGCCAACGAGUUAUCAAAAUGGCUCUUCCCUGAUGAGGACAUGUCACGUGAAGAACCUCCAGCCAUGAUGAAAGAAGUUGACGAUAACAAAGACGGCAAACUCUCCAUGGAUGAAAUUCUUAAAAACUACAAAGUAUUCGUCGAGGAUCCACCAAUUGGCGGUAGCGACCACGAUGAAUUAUAAGCCAUGAACAUUAUGAAAGAAAAUUGACCGAAAGAAAAUGGGGAACUGGGACCUUAAGGGACAUUUUUGUAUUUGAAUUCACCCAAUUGAUAAGAGUUUAUAUUCCACUAGCACUGACAGCUAGUAUAACCAUGUUCCAUAACUAAUAUUAAUACUUAUGAAUAAUAGCCGCUAAUAUAUUAACGCUUAUAAAUAAAAUAUUAAUAUGAAUAAUAUGUAAUGACUAAUAUAUUAAUGAUUAAUAGCUACUAAAAUACUAAUGAAUAAUGACUAAUAACUAUAAUAUUAAUGAUUAAUGACUAAUAUAUAAAUGAAUAAUAACUAAUAGCUAAUAUAUUAAUGAUAAAAUAAAUGAUUUGAUCCUCUUGGACUAAAACACAGGCUAUCACGCAAACUUCUUAAACUUCUUCUAAUUAUCAAUUAAUAAAAAGCUUGUAAUAAUCUGGUAUAAUCAGCAAUUAACCCUCUCAAUUAAUUUUAUGAAUCUUUUUGUAACAUCUUAUUUUAGGUAUUUCUUAAUUUUCCUGCUAACCUGAAUUCUAAAUGAACCGAUUUCCCCGGCGAUCAAGUACAGAAAUCAAAAACUGUAAAAACUAAAUCAUCAUCAGUAACAGGUUGUCACUCAAAAUACUAACAAUUUAAUAUGAUUAAUAUACUAAUUGAUAUUUCGACUUUUAAGAGAUUAACUCAAAUACUUUGACGACUGUGGUUUAAUCCUAUAUCGCUCGUUAAACGUACUGUUUUUAAAAUACUAGUACAUUAAUCUAAAUCACUAAUACAUCAGAAGUGGAAUAUUAAACAAAUUUACACCAGC